GAAAAAGGAUGGGCCGCGUCACAGGCCCCGCGACAGGCGCGGCACGACCGCCCACGCUUAUCUCUUCCUAUCGGUUACAUGAGCGCCCCUCUCACUGCAACGGCCAUCCUACGCAUGCAGCAGGGGAUGGACGCACAAUCACUCUCCCAGUUUAGUCUCCCUGUGCACCCAUAUUAUCUUUCCAGUAAGGCCAACUUCGGUGCACAGCGCCAUCAUAAUUCUCCCCGUUCAUCGGCGCAACAUCGCCGACAUCCAUACAGUGUACCUGGGAGGGAAUCAUCUAUCCAAAAGUUUCGUGGACUCCCUGAAAAACCAAGUUUUGGAACGAACACUGGAGUUGGCGGGCCCUUGAUGGCAGAUCAGCCAAGAUUCACAUAUCAACCAUCCCUACUUACCGCUCCCAAUGUCACUCCCUCCACUCAACUAGUUCCCACAAUCCUCAUCCCAGAUUUAACUGGGCUCAUCACCCGAUGCAGCCAAGAUCCCGUUUGCGGCGGCACAUACGGAAACAUCUACAAAUGUAUAUACCAUGGACCGGAUGGCGAUGUAGAGGUUGCUGUCAAGGCAAUUCGGUCGCAAUUCAUCAGUGAUCAGGUGUUUCGGAGAGAGCUCGGAAUUUGGAAGAGGCUGCGACAUUCUAAUAUUUUGAAGUUCAUGGGUACAACUUCGGACUUUGGCACUUCAGUAGCUUUGGUUGCUCCAUGGAUCGCCAACGGCACUCUAACAUCGUUUCUCAAGCAGAACAGUGACACUCUUGCGGUGCUUGAUCGUAUGUGUCUGCUCCGUGACAUUGCCGCUGGUCUCAACCAUCUUCAUACGUUUAGUUUGACUGAAGACAAACACCCGGAAUUCAAUCCAGCCGUCCACGGAGAUCUCACUGGCACCAAUGUCCUCGUCGAUGGCGAUAGAAGGGCAUAUCUUGCAGAUUUUGGUCUUUCCGGAACUUUGACACAACAAACUGGCAUGACGUACCUCGCGAAGUCGAGCUGCCAUCCAGGAGCAGUGAGGUGGACAGCUCCUGAGCUUCUUUCUGGGGAAGAACCAGCCUCUGCGGUCACCACUCAGAGUGACAUUUACUCAUUUGGUAACAUUUUUCUCCAAGUUCUGACGGGAAAUGUACCUUGGCCUCACUUAAAUCGUGAAGCCGCAAUCUUGCGCAAAGUGAUCUUUGAGCAGGAACUGCAUCCUCGUCCAGAUGAUGAUCGUGUCGCCGACCAGUUCUGGAAUUUUAUGACCCGUUGCUGGUCUAUAGUACCCACCGAUCGACCUUCUGCCGCAGAAGCACUUCAGUUUGUUGAUCACGAACUAAACUUGCUGCGGUUUGAUGGCGGUCUAGUCACAGAUACCUCUACUUGCAACGACCGUCGUCUGUCUCCAUGCUCUUCCUACCUUGAUUCUCCUUCUCUGCCCUCCGCCCGCUCCGGGGCUCCUUCUCCUUCUCCAUCUCAUUCCUACCCAAAUGCCCACACGGAAUACUUUCCGGAAGCCUCACCGCAAGAUCGCUCCGCAGAUUCUAAUCUAUGGCCAUUUAGAAUUGAUGCCUUGUCGCGGGAUACUUUGGUCCCUGGUACACAUCACGCUGAUAUACUAGAAGUUUGCUGACUACUCUCAUCGCAGGCUUCCCGUGGACGAACUCAAACUACUCAUACGAUCUUUCUGCAUACUCAAUCAGCUGACAUGUAACACUCUACGCGACAUUUACCAUGACAUGGACCUCUUCGACACUCCGAAGUGCUCAUAGGUUGUGUAUAUUUUUAGUACUAUGUUGGUACGCUGUCUUAACUUUAGCCUUUUC